AUGUUUUUCUUAAAAGUAAUCGUCUUCUAUACGAGUGUUUGUGUUUAUAAUGGAAAUGGUGUUAAAGUCCCAAUUCGGCCAAACGAAGAAAGUCUUCGAGUGCUCGUUCAAGACCCCACGAUUGGUGUCCAAGAAAUUAAUUUAUUUCGAGAUUUAAACCCAUCACUAAUUGUUAAAAAGCAAGAUGAGUUAGUUGAAGAUGCGAUUAAGAAAGUUGAAGAAAAAUCUGGCGUCAACGAUGUGGAGAAAGAAAAAAUUAUGAAUGCUUAUUUAGAAAGGUUAAGGCAAGUUGGUGAAGAUGGUUAUAGCGGGAUUAGAAAUAGAAAUUUGGAGUUUUAUGAACAAAGAAAAGAUGGACCAAAGAAAGUUAAUGAUGAAAAUAAAGAUCUAGAAGAAGAUAAUGAUGAUGAAGAAGAUAAUGGAAAAGAGGAAUCACAAAAAAUCUCAAAGAGUCAAAAAACGUUUGAUAAAUUUAUCUCGAUACCUUUCGAAACGAAAAGCGACCAAAACAACGAGAAAAAUAAUAAUCAAUUAGGAAAUAGCGUUCAAACACUUUCUAAGAGAAAAUAUCAUAAAGAUAAAGUAAUAAACGAACCUGAAAUUGAUGAAGAUAAUUAUAAAGAACCAAUAAGUUAUCACGAAGAUCCCGGUCCAAUUCCAACUAAAGUAAAUUAUCCAGGUCAAGGUCAAUGGGCAAGAAAAGGUCGAUACAACACUGACGAAACCAACCACGAAGAAGAACCCCAAGAUUUCAUUCCAUACCGAACUUACUCGCAAGUACGAAGAAGCGACGUCGAAAGAAGAAUACCGAAAAAAGGGCGAUCCUCAUCAAAUAAAGCUCACACUGUUUAUACCGAAGAAGGAUACGAAGAUAGCGCUUACGAUCACGGUGGUAGUGAGAAAAAAGGUGAUAAAGUCGAAAAAGAUAAAAGAAUUCACGAAGAAAAUCAAAAAAUUAAAAGCGAUGAAAUUCGACCGGAAGAUGAAAGUGAGAAUGAAGAGAUUUUGAGACACGAUCGUUAUGAACCGGAAAAAGAAGAAAGUGAAGUUAACGAGAGAAGAAUAAGAACGGCGAGAAGAAAAAUCAAUAAGAAAGAAAAUGAAAAUAAAGAAAAAGAUGCAAUUGUAACUAGAGAAGGUGAACCAUCAAAAUAUUUUAGUUAUGAGAAUGAAGAUUGGUUUCAACAAUAUAGAUUUGAUAAUAUUAAUGAUUAUUUUACUUUACCUCCGGAUGAAAUUACAACAACCACUUCUAAGACGGUUAAAAAAGAAAAUGUUUUGGAAAAGGCACCUUUAAAUGUAAAAAAGGCAUUAAAAGAAAAUGUUGAGAAAAGAAAAGCUGUGAUUGAAUCCGGUGAUAAUAUCGAAGAGAUUCCUCAAACGAAUCAAUAUGUGAACGAAGAUCAACUCAAAAAAACAUUGGAGAAGUAUUACAUGGAUUCUUUUCAGUUAAAAGGAGUUAAUUUCCCAGCCCAAGCUCCCCAACAACCAGUUCUCGUCCAAUAUUAUCAACAAAUUCCGGUUGUUCCAACAACAAUCCGUUAUGAACGAUACGAACCGGAAGAAAUCCCAAGAAGAUAUCUUGAGGUUGAAAAGAUUCCGAAAAAAAUUGAACUUGAAGAAAUUAAGGUAAAAGAAGAUAAGGAGGUAAAUGAGAAAAGAAAUGAAAGAAAGAAUGAAGAAAAUUAUGAAAGGAAAGAUGAAGAAAGAGAUGGAGAAAAAGAUGUUGAAGAAAGAAAUCUUGAACGAGAAGACUAUAAAAGAGUAAAUGAUGAUGCUGAAAGAAGAAAUAAUCGUCGUAGAUUAAAACAAAAUCAAUUUUUUUAUCCCUUAUUAAUUUCAAGAAAAGAUUUGAGAAAUUUUAAACGAAAACCACAAUCAGUUCAAAAUUAUUACGAAUUGCAUAGUCCAAAAAUAAUGAAAAAUGAUAAGGAGAAAGUUGAUGAAGGGAAGAAAAUUGUUAAUGAUGAAGAAAAUAAAUCUAAUGAAGAAGGGUACGAAGAAUUCGUUCCAAUUUUGUUAGAAAAUAUCCAAUUAUUUUAUCCCGAACCUCAUAAUUAUGAAAAGAAUGGAAAUGAGAAACCAAGAAAUGUUGAAAAACAAGGUAAGAUUGAGGUUGAAGAUAUAAAAGAUCAAGAAAUUAAAAUAAAUAAACCAGAAGUACAACUAGAUCAAAAGUUUCUUAAUAAUGUUAAGCCACAAACUUUUUUUCCAAUCGAAAUCGAAGAAUCUAACCAAAAUCUUCCAAUAAAAGAAGAUGUAACUGAAAAAAGUUUAAAACAAGACGUCAAAGAGAUUAAGUAUCCUUUUAUAAUUGAAGAUCUUUAUCCGAAAUCAAGGAUUAAUUCUGAAAGAGAAAUAAUUCCAAAAAUAAAUAAUGAGCAGAAAGAUAUUUCUUCAAAAAACUUUCGAGUUGUAAAUGAAGAAGAAUCAAAACAAGGAGUGAAAAGGAUUGAAGAACUUUAUCCUAAAGCAAGAAUAGAUUCUGAAAGAGAAAUAAUUCCAAAAAUAAAUAAUGAGCAAAAAGAUAUUUCUCAAAAAAGCUUUCAAGUUGUAAAUGAAGAAAAUUUAAAACAAGGAGUGAAAAGGAUUGAAGAACUUUAUCCAAAAGCAAAAAUAGAUUCUGAAACAAAAAUAAUUCCAAAAAUAAAUAAUGAGCAAAAAGAUAUUUCUCAAAAAAGCUUUCAAGUUGUAAAUGAAGAAAAUUCAAAACAAGGAGUGAAAGAGGUUAAGUAUCCUUUUAUAAUUGAAGAACUUUAUCCAAAAAAAGCAAGAAUUAAUUCUGAAAGAGAAAUAAUUCCAAAAAUAAAUAAUGAGCAAAAAGAUAUUUCUCAAAAAAGCUUUCAAGUUGUAAAUGAAGAAAAUUUAAAACAAGGAGUCAAAAAGAAUCAGUAUCCUUUUAUAAUUGAAGAAGUUUAUCCAAAUUCUGCAACAGAAAUAAUUCCAAAAAAAAAUAAUGAGCAAAAAGAUAUUUCUCCAAAAAACUUUCAAGUUGUAAAUGAAGAAAGUUUAAAACAAGAAGUCAAAGGGAUUGUUGAAGAACUUUAUCCAAAAGUAAGAAUAAAUUCUGAAACAGAAAUGAUACCAAAAAUAAAUAAUGAGCAAAAAGAUACUUCUCCAAAAAACUUUCAAUCAGAAAGAGGAAGAAGAAAGUUUAAAGCUCCAAAUAAAACUCAAAAUGUAACUCCAAGUGAAACACGAAGUGUAAUUAAAGAAAACGAUGAUAAAGAAGAUAAUUAUCCUAAGUUAUAUUUAGAAGAUAGAGAAAAAUGGAAGAAAACUUUUGAAAAAGAAAGAAAAAAUGAAAAUUUGAAUCCAAAUCCAAUUGAAUUUAGAGUGGUCUAUCCAGCGAAAGAAGAAGUUGAAGAUAUAAAUCAAUAUAAAAGUAGGAUUGAAGAAUUACCUCGUCCACGUCCAUUUCAAAAACCUUUGGAAGAAAGAAAUAAUGAUGAUAAGGAAGAAGAAAGAAAAAAUAAAGAAAAUGAAAAUGAAGACGAUUUAAGAAAAGUGAAUGAUAAAUUUGAAGAAAGAAAUGAUAAAGAGAUAAGAGAUGAUGAAUCUGAAGAAAGUGAUUCAAUAGAAGAUGAUUCUCGUGAAAUUUCUGAUGAAGAAACAUCUGAAGAGGAUUCCUCAGAAAGAAGACAACCUAGAAGUAGAAAACGAGAGUCCAGAGAAGUUUCUUCUGAAGAAUUGCAAAAACCAGAAAAACCAAAUUUAAGAAAAAAAUUUAAUAAAAAGAUUUCACCGAGAAUUCCACAAGCUCAACAUUUAAUAAGAAGAGAAUCACCAGACGAUGAAGAAGAUAUAAUCGAAAACGUGAUGGGAGAAGAAAUGUUUGGAAGAAAAUUAAUCCGUAAAAAACGUUCCGUUGAAAAAUACCCAAAUUAUAACUCAAAAAAUUUCGAUAAAUCAUCCGGAUUUCGUUACGCAGAAAAUCCAGAAACGAUUCUAACAAAAACGACAAAUCAAAUGGUUCUUUACGAUCGAGUUGAAGAAACUGAUUGUCCUGAAACUGAAGAUAUCAAUCCAAUUAAUAAAACUGAGUAUGAUCCUAAAACGAGAAUAAAAGGGAAAUUAUCGAAUCAAAUUGAUUGUUUAAAGAAGAAAUAUUUCGGGGAAAACCCGUUAGAUAACCCUAUAUUUAGUGAAGAAUACGAUGGAACGAUUUCUUCUUCGUCAAGGUUGGGAAAAUCGGAGAGUUUGCCAAAAGCUGAACCUUACGUGAUGAGGCGAAGAAUUAUUAAAAGAAGACCUAAUUCGGUUAAUCCGGUUAUAAGAGGGAUCAUGGAAAGAAGAUAUCCGCAAAGAUAUAAUCAGAAACCUCAAAUUAAAGAAAAAGAAGCUGAUGAAUAUUUUAGCGAAGUUCAUUAUAAACAAGAAAUUAAACCAAGUGAACAAUUAAAUGUUUUUGCUGAUAUAAUUAAUAAUAUAAAAAAUUCGAAUGAGGAUAAAAAAGAUGUUGCAAUGAGUGAGUCGAAUAAUGAAGAGGUUUAUGUUAGGAGGAAACCAAUUCGGAAUAUGAAUCGUUAUUCAAAAAUAAGAACAACAAUGAGACCAUUUUUACCAACUCCGGUACCAACGGAAAGAAAAAAGAAAUUACCAAUGAGGAUUUUAGAAGAACAUAAAGAUGCUGAUGAAAUUAUUAUUGUUAAAAAACCACCCCCUAUAUACAGGAAUCCCCCUUCAAAAAGAAAACAAGAAAAGCCUAAAGAAAUCGAAGAAGAUGAAGAAACCUCAUCUUCUGAUCAAAUGGAAAAAUUUAUAUAUAACGGAUUAAGACCACCACCUAAAGAACCUUAUAGACACCCAAAUUUUUAUAAUCGAGAACAAAGUAAAAUGUCGAAUAAACGAAGAAGAAUCAAAAGAAAUCGGGGAAGCACUUUAUACUCGGAAAUAAGAAGGAAUAAAAACGAAACUGCUGAAGAAAUCGAUGAUUAUGUUCCGCAUCGUAAUCGAAAUUUCCAUUAUGACGAGAAAACUGGGAAAAUUGUUUAUGAUAAACCCGAAAAAAAAGAGGAAGAAGAAGUGGAGUAUGAUUAUGUUGAGGAAGCAACACAUCCACCUGCGAAGAAGAAGGAGGUUAAAAGAUUUCCACCAACGCCACCACCAGGUCCGAAUUAUUUAGAUUAUAUUAAAAUAUUAAAGAGUAAUCCGAAUUAUACGAUUAUUGAGGAUCCUAAAAAAGAGGAGGAAGAUAUCACAAAGAAUGCUGUUACUUCGAGUGAGUCAAAUAAUACAAGUACUGGGCUUCCUGAGUAUCUCUCAAUAUUGAAAAAACUUAAAGAAGAUAAAUCUUAUAAGGUGUAUUUGGAUCCAAAAAAUAAUGAAAAAAAUGAUCAAGAAGUAAAAUCAACGAAAAAAGACGAAGAAAUAGAAAUAAAUAAAGAAGAAAUACAAAAUUCGCCGGGAGUUCAAGGCAUCUUAGGAUUAGAUUCGCCACUUCCUGUUUUUGAUAUUUCCGAAUUUGUGCCAAAAACCAAAGAUUACAGUCCAAAAACGCCAAUUGAUACAUCAAAAUACACCAACAUACGAAGAAAUCCCAACACGAAGAAAAUACAAGAUGAAGAAAUUGAAGUUUUAACAACAACCCCUCAAAUCCAAACGAUUGAAAUCCCAACAACUUCAUCAAAACCAACCACUCCGAUUAUAAUUGUGUCAAGAAAGAGAGUUAAUUCAUCUCCGAGGACUUUAAAACCGAGUUUAAAUCAAAGGAGACAAAGAGGAAGGAGUAGAUUUCGCUCAACAACGGAAAAAAAUAAAAAUGUUGAUGAAAAUAUAAGAAAUCGAAGAAAUUUGCAUCGAAGAAAUUAUGAAAUUCCGAGGAAUCAUCGUAGGGAUUAUUCGAUUAAAUCGAGGAAUGAUAUUGAAGCUUUUAAUCCGACUCCGAGGAGUAUCACGUUAAAUGUAAUCAAUCAAACUGAUUUUUUAAAAUUAAAUCAACCGAAAAUAAAUCGUGAAAAUGUCGAAAUUAAAGAUUCCGAUACGAAUAAAAAGAAUGGGGGGAAUUAUAAGUAUAAAAAGGUACAAAUUAAAAUAACGAGGAAUUAUAAACCCGAAGAAAAUGAAGAAUCAAAUAAUAAUGAUGAAGAUGUUAAAAAAUCGGGUAAAAUAAUCCCCAAAGAUUUUUUUGAAGAUCCUAAAUUGGCGGAGAGAAUCAAUACUUUAAAAGAGAAGAAUAAUUUUGAGAUAACCGAAACGUUUUUUCAAGAAGAAAAUGUUCCCGAUGAUGAUGAUGAUGAUGAAGAAAAGUAUGAAAGGACUACCGAAAAAAUUUUAACGACGACGAAGAGGGUACCAAAAAUUAUUAAAGAUCCUAGUAAAAGAUUGUAUUUUUAUGCACCUAUUUAG